GAGAAGAGGCGGAGGAAGAUGGUGGAGCGGGAGGCCGGAUUAGCGGCUGAAGGAAAAGCGGCUUCCCAGGUUUCCUGCCUGCCACUCCGUUGCUGCCGCUGCUGCCGCCACCGCCGCUCCCGCCAUCCGCAUCCCAGCCAGACCCGCUGCGGCUGCUGUGCGUCGCGCGCGGCUUUGGCGCAAAGGCGCGGAGAGGAAGGGCAUCUGAGCAUAAGUGGCUGAACACCAGAUCAUUACAGGUCUAUAAAGCAAAGGAAAACUAAACCUCAACUCACAAAAUGUCAGUAGAAUAAGUGAAAUACCCUUAGAACCUGCCAUGAACCAUUUUGAAGGACCACCUGAAGGAGAGGUCAGUGAUGGACUAGGAAACAGAGAAGUGAAUGAAUCUGUAGAGGCAGACCUAGAACAUUCUGAAGUAGAAGAAGAACAGCAACAGUAUGCCAUUCAUUACCCAAGAUGUGCCAAUGGCAGCCAUGAACGACCUUCUAGGCAAGAAGAGGAAAGCACAUUAGCAAGGUCAGCCAGCACUGAAAGUGGCUUCCAUUAUCAUACUGACACUGCUGAAGGAGAUGUCAUAGCCAUAGCAGAAGACAGCUAUGAAGGUGACAGAGUACUCGAGAAUGAAGAUGAGAGUGCCUAUGCGGUGCAGUACCGACCUGAAGCAGAAGAGUACACUGAAAAUGCUGAGGCAGAGCAUGCCGAAACCAUCCAUAGCCGAACUCUUCCCAACCACUUGCACUUCCAUUCCAUUGAGCACGAGGAAGCUAUGAAUGCAGCGUAUUCUGGGUAUGUGUACACACACAGGCUCUUCCACCGAGGGGAAGAUGAGCAGUAUGCGGAGCCCUACGCUGAUUAUGGGCUACAGGAACAUGUGUAUGAAGAGAUAGGUGACACGCCUGACCUUGAUGUGCGGGAAGGUCUUAGACUGUAUGAGCAAGAGAGAGAAGAAGCUGACAACUAUCGAAAGGAAGCUUUGGGUGCACGCCUUCACCACUACGAUGAGCGCUCUGAUGGGGAGUCCGACAGUCCUGAAAAGGAGGCAGAAUUUGCCCCGUAUCCUCGUAUGGACAGUUAUGAUCAAGAGGAAGAUAUAGACCAAAUAGUAGCUGAAGUCAAACAAAGCAUGAGUUCUCAGAGCCUGGACAAAGCUGCUGAAGAGAUGCCAGAAGCAGAACAAAAUGUGGACACUAACAUCCCUGCUAACAUGCGCCAUGAAAGCAGCAAUCAGGUUUCAACCAACUCUAGAGCCCCUGUUAAUGCAGGCGAAUCAGUGCAAAGAUAUAGCAAGGAAAAAAGGGAUGCCAUAUCACUGGCAAUUAAAGACAUUAAGGAAGCUAUUGAGGAAGUGAAAACAAGGACUAUUCGUUCUCCAUAUACUCCUGAUGAACCCAAAGAACCCAUCUGGGUAAUGAGACAGGAUAUCAGCCCAACCAGGGAUGGCGAGGAUCAAAGACCACUAGAGGGAGAUUCGCCAUCUCCCGAUCCAUCUUCACCUCAGGGUGCUGAAUCAUCAAGUACACAACACCAUCAAGAUGCCUGUGGUACAACAGAAACCCCCACCAAUAAGGAGUCAAGGAAGAGCUUGGCUUCUUUCCCAACCUAUGUUGAAGUUCCAGGGCCUUGUGAUCCUGAAGAUUUAAUUGAUGGAAUCAUAUUUGCUGCCAAUUAUCUUGGCUCAACUCAACUCCUUUCGGACAAAACUCCGUCCAAGAAUGUGAGAAUGAUGCAGGCUCAGGAAGCAGUGAGCCGAAUUAAGAUGGCCCAGAAAUUAGCCAAAAGCAGAAAGAAGGUUCCUGAAGGUGAAUCUCAGCCCAUGACUGAAGUUGAUCUUUUCAUUUCAACACAGAGAAUAAAAGUGCUAAAUGCAGACACUCAGGAAACAAUGAUGGAUCAUCCUUUGAGGACCAUUUCCUACAUUGCAGAUAUUGGAAAUAUAGUUGUGUUGAUGGCUCGAAGGCGAAUGCCAAGAUCAAAUUCUCAAGAUAAUGUGGAGGCCUCUCAUCCUUCUCAGGAUGGGAAGAGGCAGUACAAAAUGAUCUGCCAUGUUUUUGAGUCUGAAGAUGCACAAUUAAUUGCACAGUCCAUCGGCCAGGCAUUCAGUGUGGCUUACCAGGAGUUCUUAAGGGCAAAUGGAAUAAAUCCUGAAGACCUGAGUCAGAAGGAAUAUAGUGACCUCCUCAAUACCCAAGAUAUGUACAAUGACGAUUUGAUCCACUUCUCAAAGUCUGAAAACUGCAAAGAUGUUUUCAUUGAGAAGCAGAAAGGUGAAAUUCUGGGCGUAGUGAUUGUAGAAUCCGGGUGGGGAUCCAUCUUGCCUACAGUUAUCAUUGCCAAUAUGAUGCAUGGGGGACCAGCAGAGAAAUCUGGAAAGCUGAAUAUUGGAGACCAGAUCAUGUCUAUCAACGGGACUAGUUUAGUUGGCCUACCACUCUCUACAUGCCAGAGUAUCAUAAAGGGUUUAAAAACACAAGCCAGGGUGAAACUGAACAUAGUGAGAUGCCCUCCAGUAACUACUGUACUCAUUCGAAGACCAGACCUCAGAUAUCAACUAGGCUUCAGUGUACAGAAUGGCAUAAUCUGUAGUCUUAUGAGAGGAGGGAUUGCAGAACGAGGAGGAGUCCGAGUGGGUCACCGAAUUAUUGAAAUAAAUGGACAAAGUGUUGUAGCAACACCUCAUGAAAAGAUUGUUCAUGUUCUCUCAAAUGCUGUUGGUGAGAUUCAUAUGAAGACUAUGCCAGCUGCCAUGUACAGACUCUUGACUGCACAGGAGCAACCAGUUUACAUCUAAAGCUGACUCUUCCAGUGUGCAUGGAGGAGGCUCCUUCUCAUUAGUGGUGGUGUUUUCUUGGGCUGCAUUUUGAUGUCUGCAGCAGUCUAUCUCUUGCUCUUUUCUUACCUUGGAUCAUUCCGUUGGGUAUCAGAUGGCAUUUUUGGUUGCACCUUUUUACAACUAGUUUUAUGUAACGAAGAAUCUCUAAUAUACACAUGCAUGCACUUCUUCAAGCUAUGUCAUUUAGGUUUUGUGGCUCUCAUGAUAGAAAACACAAGUAUCUUAAAUAAAAAUAAAGUAGAAAGUUCUUUUUACCGAAUAAGACAGACUGCAGGGCUAAGUUCUCCACUUAUGAAAAUAGACAGGAUAUUGAUUGAUUUGUCUUAUAAAGUUGCUGUGCCAAAGGUAGGAAAGCAACAUUAUAAUUCUACCCUAAGCAAAUAAUUAAAUAUGGUUUGAAGGAAACACUGAUUUCCUUAUGUAAUUAAAAAUCUAUAUAAUGGAAAUCUAUUACUAAAAGAUGAUGUUUAGCUUUUGCUUAUAAACCUCCAGACUUAAAGGUGUAUUGUCUAUGGGAGAUACUAUUUUACAAUUUUUCCCCUUGAGUUCAAAAACUUUCCUCAUAUUUCUGAAAAGUCAUUUAUUUCUUGAAUAUAACAUGAUUUUUUAAAAAGUGGGUUUUCUAAUUCCUGCUUUCUUUCCAAGAUAAAUUAUAAAUAUCCAGUAAACCAGUAUGUGGGUAUGAGGAAAAUAUUUUGCCAGAGAAAAUAAGAAUAUUUUCUUAUUUUUCUUAUUGUGGUGAUACAUGGGUUAAUAAGCUUUCACAUUUUAAGUGUAUGCUUGUUAUAGGAAUUUUAACAAGCCUGCGUACAGUACUACUUUUGUUUGUUCUGAGCCAGUUUUAAUUUUAACAUAUCUUGGUAUAAAAAUCUUGAAUUUAUUUAUUUUUAUGACUUUUCUUUAAUUCUGGACCAUAAUUAUGUAAGCAAAAACUUAAUUUAUUUUGUUAUAUACAUAUAUAUAUAUAUAUAAAUAUACACAUAUAUAAAAUAGAUGAAAAGUUAUUCCUACCCCAUGUGAAGCUAAAAAGAUUGUGUUUGGUUAAUUAUUGUAGACACUUGUGAAAUGAAAGAAUAUUGCAAAAAGUUUGGUUAUGAUAGUUAAAAUCAAGGCCAGUAGACUGUAAUGUUUGUAGUAAACUAUAGAGUGAGAACACAAAAGUUUAGGUCCUGUGGCAGCUUACACAAUUAUAAAUUUAGCACAGUAUUUUUGAAUAGCGCACAUAAAUGUUUAUUCACAAUACAUACCUUGAUCUUUAAAGUAAUCUAAAAUUGUUUGCUUUAAUAUGACACACAGACAUGUUUUAUCUUUCUGAAAAGUGUUUGGUCUUUGUGUGGGAUAUAAGAAAGAAAAUAGAAAAUAGAGUAAUAAAGGGGAAAGGUGAUAGCCCAGUUUUACAUCCAGAGCAACACAUGUGUGCCAAGGAGCUGGGUGUAUGCAUGUUGCAUGGAUGUGCAUUCUGCACACAUGUUGCAAAGAUAUGUAAUGAUCAGGUCUUUGGGAUUCAGUGCCCUGCAUGGGUGUUAGAUGUAAAUGCAUGUAGAUCCCACCCUUUUCCAGAAUUGUAAAAGCAUUGGGAAGCUGAGAGUUUGAUAGUACAAUAGAACAGUGAGUGAUUUAAUGGAAAAUUGUGGCCUCAUAGGCAUAGUGUUAUUCAAGUUCUCUAUGCCCCAAUCACACACAUUGGCAGAGGCAGAGCAACAAGACUGGAGUGUUAAUUCCUUUUCUUCAAAAGAAUUGUACACUAUCACAUCAUAUUGCCUAUAGAGUAUUACUUCGACGAUAUACAAUAAUAAAUAAAAUUUCAUUUCCACCAGUCCAAGUCUGCCAUCCAGUCCUAUCUAUUGUAGUACAUUUCAACUCGCUGAAAUCAGUGACCAACUCUGCAUAAGACUAAGAUGCAAAUUUGGGGUCAGUGAGCUACUUAAUGCUAUUGCUUUACUGAAAUGAAAUGGCUAUUA